AUGGACAAGUACGAGGCUGUUCGGGAGAUCGGGUCGGGCAACUUCGGGGUGGCGCGGUUGAUGCGCAACCGCGAGACCCGAGGGCGCGUCGCCGUCAAGCUCAUCGAGCGCGGCCACCGGAUCGACGAGAAUGUGUACCGCGAGAUCGUCAACCACCAGUCGCUGCGGCACCCGAACAUCAUCCAGUUCAUAGAGGUGAUCCUAACACCAACGCAUCUUGCAAUUGUGAUGGAGUAUGCGGCUGGUGGUGAACUAUUUGAUCGAAUCGUGGAUCAUGGGCGAUUUAGCGAGGAUGAGGCCAGGUAUUUCUUCCAGCAGUUGAUCUGUGGAGUGAGCUAUUGCCAUCACAUGCAAAUAUGCCAUAGAGAUUUGAAGCUGGAGAAUGUUCUCUUGGAUGGCAGCCCAGCUCCACGUCUCAAGAUAUGUGAUUUUGGCUACUCCAAGUCAUCAGUACUACAUUCAAGGCCAAAAUCAGCAGUGGGGACGCCAGCAUAUAUUGCACCAGAGGUCCUUUCUCGGCGGGAGUACGAUGGGAAGCUUGCAGAUGUAUGGUCCUGUGGAGUCACUCUUUUUGUCAUGCUUGUGGGAGCCUACCCGUUUGAAGAUCAGGAUGAUCCUAAAAAUAUUAGAAAGACCAUUCAGCGAAUAGCAGCAAUUCAAUAUAAUAUCCCAGACAACAUGCACAUAUCUGAUGAUUGCAGACAGCUCAUUUCACGCAUCUUUGUUAGCAAUCCAUUAAGGAGAAUCACCAUGAGGGAAAUAAAAAACCAUCCAUGGUUUCUAAAGAACUUGCCGAGGGAGUUCACAGAAGCGGUGCAGUUAUCCUACUUCAGGAGGGACAACAGUGUCUCUGCUUUUUCAGAGCAAACAACUGAAGAAAUCAUGAAGAUUGUCAAGGAGGCAAGAAUCUUGCCAAAAUCAUUGAGAUCAGGCUAUGGCUACAGUGAAGAAUGCUCAGAUGAGGAGGAAAAGGAAGAGGAGAGCGAACUCAAAGAGGAGGAAGAAGAAGAUGAGUGUGAUAAGAGGGUUAGGGAGGUUCGCGAAAGCGGGGAGCUGGAUAUGACCUCACUGCACAUCUAA